AUGUCUUCUAUCCCUAUCACACAGAGAGCAGCAGUGCUUGAGCAGCACGGUAAGCCUCUCGUUAUUGUCGAAGACAGACCCAUCCCAGAAGCCAUUCCAGGCAGUAUCAUCGUCAAAGUCCUCGCUGCACCACUAUCGCGCUACGCCCGAACCACAUUCGACGGCACGAUCCUUGCCCCCCCUCCUCGAUUCGCCCUUUGUCCCGUGCCCAAGAACUCUCGGCGCGUUCCGCUCGAAAACAUCUACCUUAUAGAUGAGAAACUCGUCAGAGAGUUAGGCGUCGACCUGAUCAACCUAGUCUCCAUUAGCACGUUUUCUCCAGCCGCCGGAGCUAUCUUCGAGUCAGCGAAGCUCAAAGUCUGCGAUACAAUCAUCAUUGGACCAUCGGACGGGUCCUUUGGUGGAAGGGCUGUUGAGUUGGCCUUGGCGAUUGGAGCAAACGUCGUUGCCCUUGGACGAAACGCAGAGUUGCUACAAGCCAUGAAGCAUAGCUUGAAGUCUUCUCGGCUUAGUACCGUUCUCAUGAUGGGUGACGUCGAUGCCGAUGCCGCUGCCAUUCUUGCGGCCACACCUGGUGGUGGAGGGGCGGACAUCUACAAUGAUUGGUCUCCUGGCGGCGUCACCGUCGCUCCAUUUCUGCCAUCAGCUAUUCGCGCGCUCAAACCAGGCGGGCGAAUCGUAGUCAGCGGUGGGACUUUAGGCUUAUUAGAGGUUCCGUAUAUAUCAAUGGUGUUCAACAGGUUUACCACUAACUACCUUACAAUGGCGAGACCAAACGUAAUACACGAGCCCUUCUCGAGUCUGGCCUUAGACCCCUCAUCACCACCUCUCCCACUCCUAAUCAAAACCAAGAAAUCUCCACUCCGUACUCUCUUCACCCGCAAAUCCCUUCCCCCUCUCCAAACCACUCCCCUCCCCUAUACCCCCCUCAAACAAAAUGAAAUACGCCUCGUCAACCUUCAAGCGGGGCCUCCUUCAACCCCAGUAACCCUCACAACCGAAACAACACCCCUCUCAUCAGCAGGAUACACAGCCCUCUCCUACGUCUGGGGCAGUCCCUCUGACACCCUCGCCAUCUACGUCGACAACCACGUCUUCCAUGCCACAAGGAACCUUCACUCCGCCCUCCAGCACAUUCGCCUCUUCCUGAAGCCAUCUCAGAUCAUCCCGCUAUGGAUCGAUGCCAUAUCGAUAAAUCAGGCAGAUACCGUAGAACGAAGCCAGCAGGUCUCGCAUAUGCGGGAGAUUUAUACUUCAGCAGACUUAGUUUUGACCUGGCUCGGUCCAGAUCUCGCCCUGGGGCUAAUGUACCUCCGCGAACUAGGCGACCACGCACUCACCGUCUCUCGAAAUCGCAAAGAGGCUCCAAAACUUCUUCCCAUCCAUGUCAAAGACCGGUAUACGACCAUCCGGGAGACUGUCAGAGUCUUCCAGUCAACCUACUGGAACCGAGUCUGGACGGUACAGGAGUACACCGCUCCCACUGACUUCGGGGUCUUCCUCUCCGGUACGGCGUGGGUAGAUCGUACUGCCUUCCUACCCGCCGCGAUGAUCUACACGCAAGCGUUGCACUGGUUUAGAGAUGGCUUACGAAGACGGGGUGCAGAUGCUUCGUUUGUGGACGCGACACUUCCGAGGGUGAAGAAGGUUGUUCAUGAUCUCAAGAUGAGCUAUGCGCGGAUGCCGACUUCUAAUGACACUGCUCGAGCAACCGAUGAGAUGAAAGCCUCAUCCAAAGUUGAUCGGAUCCGUCAGGUUGAAUCAAGGCAUGGAGAAAUCUCAACCGUCCGCAGAUUCAACCUCAUCAGCCUCCUCUUACGAUUCCGCGAUCUCCAAGCAACAGACCCGCGAGAUCGCAUCUAUGCCCCGCUGAACCUCCUCGAUCAAAGCCCCACCAAGGAGCCCAUCAUUCCUGUUGACUAUUCCCUCACUGUUCGACAACUCUACACCUCCGUCGCUGAAUGCCUUUUAGAAGACGAAGACUACUGGCCUCUAAGCACCCUCGAAAUCUGCCGCUUCGGGUCGUCGGACUUACCGUCGUGGGUGCCAGACUGGCAAGUCCUUCCAAGAAAGGUACUCUCAAGGGACGUCACCACAGGGGAGCAAGUUGUCUGCGCGAGUAAAGGAUACCCCGUUGACAUAAGGCCUUGGAAGGUGCUGGACAAGACUCGGUUGCAAAUAUCAACUAUAAAGGUUGAUAUCGUGGCGAAAGUAUGGGACGCAUUUGACGCACUGAGUGUGCCUCGAACAAAGUCCUAUCCAACGUACACCCUCAAGAACCCCGGGGAAAAAUACGCUAUCGGAGAACAAACGGUAUUAGAAGCCUUUCACGGACUAGCAAGUAUCGAACCGAGACCUGAAGGUGGUGAAGAGGUGGGAAUAUAUCGCCAAGAGGACUGGCAUCGCAACCCAGGCAUGAUGAGCCGGUUCAAUCGCCGCCGGUUAAUCCGUACUGAACGCGGGUUCGUCGGUCUGGCACCGGCUGAGGCCGUGCAAGGUGACAAGAUCUGGCUGGUCCCCGGCGCGAACAUGCUGUACAUCUUCAGACCUGUAGCAGAUGGUGGAAGUCACGCGCUUAUCGGCGAGGUUUACCUCCAAGGUCUCAUGCACGGAGAGGCACGAGAGUUCCUAGGCGAUGCUGGAAAGCAUACUGUCAUUACACUCGUUUAG